AUGACGGCAAUAAGCUCCCUCACCUCGCUUACGCUCGACCUUCCACCAAGCUGCGUCCAAUUCUCACCACGACAUCCAAACUUCUUCGUCGUCGGCACAUACUACCUGCACGGGAAGGAGCAACAAGGCGACCUCGCCACGGAGAUCACUGGACCUGCCUCCGAUGUAGCCGGCGAUAACGAUGAGGAUCCUAUCACUGCACCCUCGCAACCUCAGAAGAGAACAGGCAGCUUGAUACUCUUCAAGGUAGAAAACGACCAGAUCACGCGGCUCUCAGCGACAGCCACGGACUUUGCGAUUCUCGAUAUCCAGUGGGCCAGACAUUCCGAUGGUCUGGGUGAUCUUCUCGCGGUUGCAACGUCGACAGGGUUACUCGCAUUCUACCGGCUGAGGGUAGCUGCAGGAAGUGGCUUUGGGGCAGAGUUGGACCUAUCGUCCACGCAUGUGAUUGCGGACCCGGCGGUUCUGGUCCCGUCACUCACGUGGCAUCCUACCCGCGCGCAGGUUCUGGGAGUUACGCUCUCUGAUGGGAGCGUACAGCUUUGCGUCUGCGAAGGUCCGCAAGAGGCGUCUGAGCUCUGGACCCAAGAUGCCGUGAUCCGCACCACAACAAUCCACAGCCAUGAGCUCGAAGCCUGGACUCUCGCCUUCGCACCCAUCUCAGCAGAAGCAGAAGCACAGGGAACGAAAGUCUUAUCAGGUGGCGACGACAUCGCGCUGCAGUGCUCCCACAUCAACGAUACAGAUACAGCUACAGCUACCAACGAGCCCACCCUCCUAUGGCGCGACCGCAAACUCCACGACGCGGGCGUCACUGCUAUCCUCCCUCUUUCCGAAAGUCUUAUCGUCACGGGGAGUUAUGACGAUUACAUUAGAUUACUAUCCAUCCCCACUCCCACCACCGGAGGUCAUCGCCAAGUCCUCGCGGAGCUGAAUCUCGGCGGCGGAGUCUGGAGGCUGAAGGUCUUACACGCUGCUGGAGGUGCCGCAGGCGAAGUGGUGGCCGAAGGUCUUGAUCUUGCUACCUUCUACUCAGCCUUAUCGGCAUCAGCAGCAGUACCUACAAGGUCAAGCAUCGUGCUACUCUGCAGCUGCAUGCACGCCGGAACCCGCGUCGUUCGACUGAGCUUCGCUCCGAAGAAGAACGACGAUGGGGUCUGGACGUUUGAGGUGCUGGCCAAGUUCGAGGAGCAUGGGAGUAUGAAUUAUGGGAGUGAUGUGCAACCCGUUGCGAAAGGGAUUGGGGAGAGGAUGGUUGUGAGUACGAGUUUUUAUGACAAGGUGAUGUGUCUUUGGCGGGUCGAUGGAGAAUUGUGGAGGUUAUGA